CACCCGGAUGUAUUCAACCGGGAGCCAAAAACAAUGGGAGUCACUUGUGUGUGCCAGGUGCCUAUAGCGGAGGGGAAGAGCGUGCAGCAGACAGUGGACAUCCUGCACAAGAAACUGGAGCAGCUGGGUGCUGUGAAGCAGGGCAGCUUCUGUGUGGACUGUGAGACAUAUCAUGCAACAGGAAAUGUCAGCGGUCAGCCCUCCAAGCUCCUAUACGUGAUGCACAACUCUGAAACUCCUCUGAGCUGCAUGGCUCUGUUUGAAGGCGGACCCUGCCUGAUAGCCGACGCAAACUUUGAUGUUCUGAUGGUGAAGCUAAAAAGUCACUUCCAAAAUGCGAAGGGCCACAAGGUGGAGUGUCGUGGUUCUAGAUACCGCUACUGUGACUUCUUGAUAAAAGUUGGUACUGUGACAAUGAGCUCCAGUGCCAGAGGGAUAUCAGUAGAGGUCGAGUACUGUCCGUGUGUUGUUCCAGGGGACUGCUGGAAUCUCACAAAGGAGUUCAUGCAGUCCUUUCUUGGCCCCAGCGUCCCUGAACUCCCGUCUGUGUUUGCUGCCAAACCUGAAGGACUCUUCGCACCAUCAGACUGCGUUGACACCAUGACUCAGUACCUUGAGUUGUUCAACAAACUCCGUAAACAGCAAAUUCCAGGAAGUAAUGUGCGUUGAGUUUUCGGUGGAAAUAGAGAGAACUUUAUUUUUUCAUGUUUUUACUGAUGUUGCUUAAAUUCUGGUCCUGUGGAUCAGCUUGUUAUCCGGGCAUUUAUCAAAGUCUGGGUUCUUUAUUUCCAUUUCUGGUGCUUAACAUUGCAACAUUACACUUUUCUAUUUGAUGAAAGCAACUUGUAUUAAAGACUUGAUGAAAAACAGGA